AUGGCAGCAGCAAAAAAACACAUCCUCGUCCUUGGCGCCGGUAUAUCAGGCCUGCAAACAUCUCUUUCCCUCCUCCGGCGGGGCUACCGUGUGACUAUAAUUGCAAGUCAUACACCUGGUGAUUUCUCACCGUCGUACACAUCUCCAUGGGCCGGAGGGCACUGGCGCUCUCAUGCCGGGACAUCUCCUUCUGAUAGCGCACUUCGGUCUUAUGAUUCAGGAACCUAUAAAGCAUGGACACAGAUGCUCAACGCCGCAUACACAACUCGCGAUGCCAAGGGGAGGGCCGAAAGUGCGGUAAUGGGGAUUAGGUAUAAGAGUAUCUGCUUCAACCCGCCGAAAUACCUCGAUUACCUCUUCAAAAAGGUACAGGAGUUGGGAGUAAAAGUCAUCAAGAUAUCUGUGGACACUGCUUCGGGACUUUCUGGUGUGGUGAGAUCUGUUAAAGUUGUGCUUGGAAAAAAUGGGUUGGAUGAGGUGUUCGCGAUGGUGAACUGCACUGGUCUUGCAGCACGGCAUUUUCUAGAAAAUGAUGAAGCAAAGUCAUUGUUUCCAAUCAGGGGACAGACUAUCUUAGUGAAAGGAGAGGCAGAAAUGACGAGGACACUCGUUGGGAUUCCUGACGCUCCUGAAUCAGAAAUGUUGUACGUGGUUCCACGUCCCGGCACAGGAACCACCAUCUUAGGUGGGUGCAAACAAGUUGGAAACUGGAGUGAGGAAGUCGACAAGGAGCUCAAUGAGAGGAUCGUCGCGAGAAUGAAGAGAUUUGGUUUGUGUGAUGAGCUAAGAGGACAAGGUGGGGAUUUUGAGGUUUUGAGUUAUCAGGUUGGCUUCCGACCGGGAAGGACAGGGGGGCCUAGAGUUGAGGUCGAAGACAAGGGGAAGAUUGAUGGCAUUUGGGUGGUGCAUAAUUAUGGACAUUCAGGGGCUGGAUAUCAGAACAGCAUCGGUUGUGCAGAAGAAGUGCUACGGCUUCUCGAGCCACUCAGUAUAAAUUGAUGCGAAAGAUUCCUGGAUUCGGACAACCUCUAGACUGGAGACGACAUGUGGAUCAAGAUAGCAAGUAGUUUUCAAGACCGAUUUAAAGCCCAUUCCCUUCAAGCACC